CCUCCUCCUCGCCUUCUCCUUCCUUCCUCGGAAGUUGCGUGUCGAGUGGGCGGACGUGUGAACGCUCUCUGCCGCGGUUGCAGGGGGAGAGGAAAGGCCGGGGCUGCUGGGACUUGCAGUCUCCUCCUGGCCCCUUCUGUCCCCCCCGUUUCCACCCAGGAAGCAUUCAAUCCGGAGUCACGCCUGCUUCCUCGCCGCUCCUGGGAGAAAAGCACUCCAGUAUCACAUAUUUUUGGGAAAUAGACUCGGGAGGCUGCAGGACCACUAAUACUUGCAAGCUUUGGUGCCAUCCAGCAAUCUUUUGUCUGCUUGGAGUGCUAGAAAACCAGCCUAGAACACAGAAGAACCAUCUUUUGGUCCUCUUAGGAGGAUCCGAGGGGAUUGAAAGCCAGCCAAAAACAUUGUAUAGUGGAUGUCAUAAUAAUAGUUGAUGCAAACCAAGUUAAGCCUUACUCCUGAAGCACUAGAAGCACACCCUCAUAUUUGUUGAGGAGAUUGAAAACCAUAUGAGAAAUUGGUCCAGAACCAACCAUCCAGGAGAAGGUUGUGAUCCGUCUGCUCCCAGCGAGCAAAACAUGGUGGGAACAGAGCUAGGAAAAGGACCGAACCGAGCACACAAAUCCUCCAGUGUUGUUCCACCCAAACAUAUGGCAGAGCGACCGGGAUGGGGAAUAUCACAAGAAGGUAAAGAGGGGAUGCAACAACGUUGGGAAGCCCAAUGGCAGGAGUUCCUGAAGACCCUGCAGCCCAUUCACACAAGCGAGGAAGACCCGGCGGUGCUGGAAGCCGCCCCGUGGGACGACACCAAGGCCUUCCUGGCCUCCUUUGAGCAAGUGGCCAAAGCCUGUCGGUGGCCAAGGGAAGAGUGGGUGGCCCGUCUCCAGCCGGCCCUGAGCGGAGAAGCGGAACAAGCCUACGGUAUGCUGGAAGCCGGAGAUCGGGAGGAUUAUGGAAAAGUGAAGGCAGCCCUCUUGCGCGGGGAUGCCCUGAGGAUGGAGAUGCAACGGCAGCACUUCCGGCAGUUCUGCUGCCCGGAGGUUGAGGAUCCGCGGAGAGUUUACACCCAGCUUCAGGAGCUUUGCUGUCGGUGGCUGAAGCCGGAGAGACGCAGCAAGGAGCAGAUCCUGGAGCUGCUGAUCCUGGAACAGUUCCUGGCUGUUUUGCCAUUCGAGAUCCAGAACUGGAUCCGGGAAGGAGGGCCGGAGACCUGUGCACAAGCGGUAGUCCUGGUGGAAGACUUCCUCACAAGCCAACGAGAGGCCGAAACAAGCAAAUGGCAGGGACCAUUGCAAGAGGCGUGCCUAAACUCCCGGGAAGGAGAGGAAAAUCCUUUAAGGGACCUUCGGGAACAGAUCUACAAAGAAGCCAAGCACAACAGUGUUGGAGAGAUCACUUUGCUGGGCAGUAGGAUCAAAGGUCCAAACCACUCGAAUUCUUUGCUUCCUGCAGAAGUUCAGGGAAUGACUGAAGCUGGUCCAAAUGAGGGAUUGGUGAGCCUCAAGGAGGCUGCCGUGGUUGAGCCGACUCCAAUGCAACCCGUCCAACGGACCAUGUUCUGGCAAGUCUUGCAGGAGGAAGGUGGGAACGCAAACUCCUUGGAGGGAAUUUUGGCACCCAAACCUGACAGAUCGCCCCAUCCUCCAAAAGAAGAGAUGUUCCACCAGUUCCCGGUGGGAUGUGAGAGGCACCCAGGACACAAUUCAGGUGACAAGAAGGGAAACAAGUUCAAGACGGAGAGUUCUCCGUACGAGCUGGAGGAAAUGCCCAGGACGCAGCCCGAGACGAGCCAAGGGAAUGUGCCAGUGACCGACGAGAUGCUCAAGGAAAGAAGUAAUGGAAAGAGAAGUUGGGUCAAGAUGGAAGAUCCUCCACCGGAGGAACCUUUGCCUAUGGAAACACCAAAGGGCUGGGAAGAAGUGUCUCCAUGGAGUCUCCAGGUGACACCCGAUAUCCACAAGCCGAGAUGGGACUCCAAGGGACAAAAGAAGAAGAAACGGACAUUGGAAGGAGAAAAUAAAUGCAGCGAGUUUGCAGAAGGACAUCUUCCUGAGGUCAACAAAAGCUGUGCCAUGCAAACAGAAGAUGGACAAUCCUUGUCCUCCAAAGACAACACGAGAUACCAUUACAACGCAAAGAUUAUUGUGAUGCACAACAAAGGAAACCCCUUUCUGUCUCCUCCUUGCGAACCGUCCACGAGCAGAAAAAGCCCCCUUAACAUAAAGGCAUUAAGUGAAGAUCAAGGCAUUCAGACAAAAGCAAAGCCGUACCAGUGCAGUCGGUGUGGGAAGUCCUUCAGACACCAGAAAACGUUGACUAAGCAUCAGAAAAUUCACACGGGAGAGAAACAGCACAAAUGCUCCAUCUGUGGAAAAGGGUUUUCUUCUAAGGAAUCAUUAUUGAUGCAUCAGCGCGUCCACACGGGAGAGAAGCCAUACCAGUGUUCCCAGUGCGGCAAGUGGUUUCGGCAGAAAGUACAUCUAAUGUGUCACUUGAGAGUCCACACAGGAGAGAAGCCCUUUAAAUGUCCCAAAUGUGGGAAGGACUUCUCUCGGAGAGAUAAGCUGAUUGAACACCAGCGUGUCCAUAGGAGACAAAAACCUGUGUCACAUCCAGGCGGUGGGAAGAAUUGUCAUGGAGGGGCCACUCCACCUCUCUCUAAGCCCUGCCUGCCCCUCAGGCCCCUUUCCCUCACCUUCUCCUUUCUCACCUUCACCUCCUCCUCCUUCCUCAUCCCUCUUGACUCCAAAGCAAACCUCAUCUCUGUCACUCCUGUGGGGCUGAAUGACGUCACCACCUCUCUGGAGAAGAAGCGGCCUCUGGGAUGCAAAGGGGGUGGGAAAAAGUUACUGGUGUCUCGGUUCCUAAGACCAUGGAACAAGUGGCUCCAAAAGGCCUGCUCUGCUUCUCCGCUCAAUGCGGGCAACAGCCGGGCCACCCACUCUUCCUCUGGCCACCAACAGGCUUUGGCCACUUGCUCGAAGGAGGACAGGAAGGCCUUGGCCUCGUCCCACGGCAUCUCCUCUGCCGGUGGAAGGCUUCCCCAUGCCCAGGAACGCAACUGGAGGGUCUUCAAGAACUUCUGCCUUUGGGCUUCCUGGCACUGGGCUCCACUCCUGCCUGCGCCUCACCCGCAAGGAAGGAAGCUCCUCACCGCCCAGCAAAGCAGCCAGAGGGAAGGAACUCCGCCGGAAACACAAGUUUGGCUUGAAGAGAGGAAGAGGAUGGAGGAGCUGAAUCCCGCAAGUCUGCAGCAGGAACAAAGAGCAGCAAGAGAAGGAGGGAAAGCCGGAAGCAUGGUUCAUUCUGAACACGUGACCGAGGGGCCAACAUGGAAAACGCUGGAAGAAGGCAAGGACCUUCCAGGUCAAAGGAUGGAGCAGUGCUGGGAAGCCCAAUGGCAGGAGUUCCUGGAAACCCUCCAGUCGCCUUCCUGGGCAUGGGGAAGCCUUCCGCCGGCAGAGGAAACGCCGUGGGACGAGGCCAAGGCCUUCCUGGCCUCCUUCGAGCAAGUGGCCAAAGCCUGUCGGUGGCCAAAGGAAGAGUGGGCGGCCCGGCUGCUGCCUGCCUUGAGCGGAGAUGCAGAGCAGGCCUUUCGGAGCCUGGAAGCCGGAGACAGGGAGGAUUAUGGGAAAGUGAAGGCGGCCAUCUUGAGAGCAGAGGCCCUGAGAGCGGAGCAGCAGCGCCAGCAUUUUCGGCAGUUCUGCUGCCAAGAGGUCGGGGAUCUGCGAAGUGUUUACAGCCAAGUUCAGGAGCUUUGCAGUCGGUGGCUGAAGCCAGAGAGACGCAGCAAGGAGCAGAUCCUGGAGCUGCUGGUCUUGGAGCAAUUCCUGGCCAGUCUUCCCCAAGACCUGCAAGGAUGGAUCCGAGGCGGAGGGCCGGAGACCUGUUCCCAGGCUGUGGCCCUGGCAGAGGACUUCCUCCUCAAGAGACAGCAAGAGGCCGGUUCCGCCAGGUGCCAGGGACUGUCGCAGGAUGUGUGUGUUGGUUCCCUGGAGGCGAAAGGGAAAACACCAGAUUCUGCUCACAGACAGAUCUAUGAAGAAGCCAAGCCAGUGAAAGAUACUGAGAUCCCUUUGCUAGGUGAGCUGGAGGCAGCUUUGCUUCAAGUGGAGACGUCUCAGCAUGUAGGGGAUGAGCUGAAGGAGAGGCCCGGGGCAGUGCCACUCCCAAAUCAAAGAGAUGGACUGUUGACAGCAGAGACAUCUGGACAAAGAAGAAAUCUGGAGGCCUUCCUUUUAUUGCAGGCUUUGCGCUUGGCCCUACGCUGCGGCCAGUAUCUCGGGAGGCCUCCAUUUGGUUCCAGGCCUCAUGAUGGACUAACUGAAGUUUGGCUUGAAGAGAGGAAGAGGAUGAAGGAGCCGAAUCCCACAAGUCUGCAGCUGGAACAAAGAGUGCCAAGAGGAGGGAAAGCGGGAAGCAGGGUUAAGUCCAAACACGUGACCGAGGCGCCAACGUGGAAAGCGGAGGAAGAAGGCAACGAGCUUCCAGGUGAAAGGAUGGAGCAGCGCUGGGAAGCCCAAUGGCAGGAGUUCCUGAAGACCCUCCAGUCGCCUUCCUCGGCAUGGGGAAGCCUUCCGCCAGCAGAGGAGACGCCGUGGGACGAGGCCAAGGCCUUCCUGGCCUCCUUCGAGCAAGUGGCCAAAGCCUGUCGGUGGCCAAAGGAAGAGUGGGCGGCCCGGCUGCUGCCUGCCUUGAGCGGAGACACAGAGCAGGCCUUUCGGAGCCUGGAAGCUGGAGACAGGGAGGAUUAUGGGAAAGUGAAGGCGGCCAUCUUGAGAGCAGAGGCCCUGAGAGCGGAGCAGCAGCGCCAGCAUUUUCGGCAGUUCUGCUGCCAAGAGGUCGAGGACCCACGAAGUGUUUACAGCCAAGUUCAGGAGCUUUGCAGUCAGUGGCUGAAGCCAGAGAGACACAGCAAGGAGCAGAUCCUGGAGCUGCUGGUCCUGGAGCAAUUCCUGGCCAGUCUUCCCCAAGACCUGCAAGGAUGGAUCCGAGGCGGAGGGCCGGAGAGCUGUUCCCAGGCUGUGGCCCUGGCAGAGGACUUCCUUCUCAAGAGACAGCAAGAGGCCGAUUCCGCCAGGUGGCAGGGACCAUCGCAGGAUGUGUGUGUUGGUUCCCCAGAGGCAGAAAAGAAGUCACCAGAUGCUGCUCAGAGACAGAUCUGUGAAGAAGCCAAGCCGGUGCAGGAUGCCGUGAUCCCUUUCCUGGGUAGUGGAAUCAAAGGCCCAAGUCCUUCCAUUUCACUGUUUCCUCCUGAAGGACAAGUGAAGACAGAAGUUGGGCUGGGUGAGGGUCUGCUGGACUGCAGGGACACAGGCGUCCCUUUGCACAGGGUUGAGCAGACGCUCUCCCAGCCGGGCCAACAGACUAUCUUCUGGCAAGUCCUGCAGAAGGAGGGCGGAAACACCCAGCCAUUUGGUGAGGUGGAGGCAACUUUGCUUAAAAUGGAGACUUCUCAGCAUGGAGGGGAUAAGCUGGGGGAGAGGCCCGGGGCAGUGCUACUCCUAAACCAAAGAGACGGACCGUUGAUGGUGGAGACGUGUGGACAAAGAAGUGAGACCAAAGGAAGAGAGGAAGAGGCUUCUGUGAGCUCCAAAGGUGAUGAAAAGGGGAAGGAGAUGAAGGUAUCUCUGCAGGUAGAGUCAUCACCAGCAGAAGCAUCUCAGAGGAGUUUGACUAUGGCAUCCAACAUUCAUAAGAGGACAGCCCAGCUCAGAAGUCAGGAGUCGAAGAAGUUAGUGGAGACAGAGAGGAAACACACCAAAACCUUUAUAGGUGCUGAUGACAAGACCUCCACAGACACAGGGAAGCCCUUGUUCUCCACGUAUGGGAGAAAAGACUACAAUGUGUCAGAUGGGUUUGUUGAUCUGAACCCAAGAAAGAAAGAUGCAAAAUGUCCUGAAGAUGGAGAAAGACACAAGAGUCAUGGGCAGUCUUUACAGAGAAACCAAAAUGUUCCUACAGGAGGGAAACUGCAUAAAUGUGCUACUUGUGAGAAGGACUUCAAAUGUAGAGCGGACCUGGCACGCCAUGAACGGAGUCACACUGGAGAAAAGCCAUAUCAGUGUUCUCGGUGCGAGAAAUGCUUCAGCCAGAAAAGUACGCUGGUAAGGCACCAGCUAAGCCAUACUGGGGUGAAACCCUAUAAGUGCUCUCAGUGUGGCAAGUGUUUCACUCAGAGAUCUCACCUGAAGAAACAUCAAAGUCUACAUACUGGAGAGAAACCCUAUACAUGCUCACAAUGUGGCAAGAGCUUUCCUAAAAGAAAGACCUUGAAGAACCAUGAAAGAAUUCAUAUUGGAGAGAAACCCUAUGAAUGUUCUUUGUGUGGGAAAUGCUUCUGGCAGAGCUCAGAUUUAAUUUUCCACCAGAGAAUCCAUACUGGAAAGAAACCCUAUUGUGCCCCGAAUGUGGAAAAGACUUCUCUUGGCAAUAACUCAUAGGUCCUUCAUAAGGUCUCAUAAGUGGGUGUUACAAGCAUUUCCAAUUAUUUCCUUUUUAGCAUUCAGCUUUUAAAAACUAAUAAAUGUAUUGUUAUCCUUCCACAUUUGCUGGUUAGGGGCACAGGACGCCCAUGGAAGUGAAAAACAGAAGGUAAAACAUAAAAGGAAGAAACAAGAGAAAGUGAACUUGUUUGUAGAGGAAAAUUAAGAGGAGAGAACAAGAACAAAUGUUAUAUUCAGACAACAAUACAAGUUUCACAAAAUUGGUGCUAAUGACCUUUGGUUGUAUCCACCAUUUCAUGUAACUGCAAUCCAACCAGGAACGUCUCCUUCACAGAAACAGGGGUCUCACUGUAAAUAAAAAGCAGUUGCCAGAAAAUAGUA